CACUCUGUCACUCUCUUCUCUCACCUUAGCCUUGACUAAACAAGCACUCGCCAGGAGUCCGCCGCUGACCGCCGCCUGUCUCAGCCGGGAGGGAGAGAAGGCUAGUCCGCCGCAACUCUGCAUCGCCUAGUCGCCAGUCGCAGCAUACCUGUAUGUACAUGCUUUCUCCUGACAUAGAUAUACAGCUUUCCUCUUCUUUCUCCCCCGUUCUUCUUCUCUCGAUAUUCAAGCGUCACCGAUGGCCGUACUUCCGUUGGAAAGAUCGACGGCGUUGCCGUCGCUAAACUCACUGCCGGUGGGGUACAGGUUCCGUCCAACGGACGAGGAGCUCAUCAACCACUAUCUGAAGCUGAAUAUCAACGGCUGAAACGGUGAAGUCAGUGUGACAGGUUCCGUCCAACGGACGAGGAGCUCAUCGACCACUAUCUGAAGCUGAAUAUCAACGACUCAAACGGUGAAGUCAGUGUGAUUCGCGAAAUUGACAGCUGUAAACUCGAGCCAUUAGACCUGCUUGUGUAUUAACGGGCUGGCAGUUGGGCGGGCCAUGACGGGUUGGAUUGGGUUGGGUAUUUCUACGGUUUUCAUUCACUUAGCGAGAGAGAGUAUUGAGUCAUGCAUUGUAAGCCUCCUUAAAACCAGCAAAUACUCAGGGUAAUGGAUUUGGGAGAAAAGCUGCUAAAGUUCUUAAAGCAGACUUCUUGGUGUGGCAAACUUGGACUUCACUUCUUGUGGCUUAUUAUACAUUUUUUUGUUGGUAUAUGGUACUUUGUGUUGGACAUAGCCCAAACCAUUGAGAGUUUUCUUAUCUCUAAUGGCUUGUGGAAGAGUUACAAAUCUCUAAAUAUCAGCAAAAUUCAGCACUUGGCAGUUGUUAUAGACUGCGAAGAAGCUCGAGAGACUUCAAAAGUUCUUGAACUUCUGCAGUUUCUUGCAACUAUUGGUGUAAAGAACGUCUCCCUCUAUGAUAGUGAAGGAGUGCUAAAGCAGUCCAAAGAAGCCAUCAAGGAGGAGUUGAGCCGUAUAAAGUUCUAUGAGGGAACUUCUUUGCCCACUCCACUUUUACACAAGUAUAAUAAUCUGGAGUUUGUCUCAUUAGCUGAUGGAAAACAUGCAGUGGGCAAAGCAGCUAAUUUCCUCUUUGUCAAGCAUUAUACUGGCACAAAUUUGCAGAAGCACACUAUUACAGAGUCAGACAUGACUGAAGCACUGAGAGUUAUUGGUUGUUGUGGACCAGAACCUGAUCUCUUACUAGUUUAUGCUUCUGCAAGAUGCCACCUGGGUUUCCCAGCAUGGAGACUACGGUACACAGAGAUUGUACAUAUGGGGCCAUUGAAGUCCAUGAAAUUUGGAUCCCUCAUGAAGGCCAUUUAUAAGUUCACAAUGGUUCACCAGAAUUAUGGCAUAUGAACCAUUACAAACGGACCCAAACACACUGGUGUUUUGAAUGUGUGCAAGAUGAUAGAUGAUGAUGAUGAUCAUUUAUCAAGAUGUGGAUUUGUAUUAUUAUUAUUUAUAUUCAACUUGAUCAUUUUGACUAAUAGCAUCAUCUCCACUUUCCUAUAGAAAAAGGGAAGGUCAACUUGUUGAUUAUGAUUAAUGACUAGCAUCUUUGCAUUUGCAUCCAGUCCCCCAUGGAAGGCCAAAAUAUUUGGUACAGAAAAACUUGUCAUCAAUAUAAUAAGUACUUAUUUGUAAGUCAACUGGAAUCUAAUGAUACUGUACUUUGUCUA